AUGGCGGUGGAGGAGGUGGCCGAGAGCUGCGGCAGCCACGCCGCCGCGGCGGGCGGCGGCGGACGCGGACGCGGGGGCGGGGGCGGAGGGUCCUCGUCCCCGCCGGGCGCCGCGGGGUCGGGGGCGGGGGCGGGGGCGCAGUCCAGGAAGCAGCAGCAGCAGCACCACCACAAGCUGGAGGUCUACACCGAGGUGCUGGCGCGCCUCCACGCCGCCGAGGAGCGCGCCCCCGGCUUCGACGACGACCUCUGGAGCCACUUCAACCGCCUCCCCGCGCGCUACGCGAUGGAUGUGAACGUGGAGAGGGCGGAGGACGUGCUCACGCACAAGCGCCUCCUCGAGCUGGCCAGGGAUCCGGCGCAGCGCCCGGCCUUCGCCGUGCGGGCCGUGCAGGUAUCUCCAAUUGUUGAUGGGAAUCAGACUGAUGCUGAUUCACACACUGCAGGGGAGGAAGUUGCUUCAAGGCUGUUGAAUAGGCAACAAAGCAUCCACCCUCCUCCUGCUUUUGGUUCAUCUACAAACCUUGAGGCCCUUGCGCUUGAAGCCAGUAAGUCGCAAGGCCAAGAUCAGGAUAGCACCUCAGAUAAUGUUCGAUCUCUCUACAGACCCAUGCAUGAAAUCACUUUCUCUACCAUUGACAAACCAAAGCUUCUCAGCGAGCUGACAUGUCUGCUUGGUGAAAUUGGUCUCAACAUUCAAGAAGCACAUGCAUUUUCAACAAAUGAUGGCUACUCACUCGAUGUGUUUGUCGUUGUUGGUUGGCAUGCUGAGGAAACGGAGGAUUUGAUAGAAGAAUUAAAAAAAGAAAUCAGCAAGAUUGAGGAGACACAAGCAUGGUCUACAUCUCAUUCAUGGUCUUCUCCAGUUGAAAAUAUGCAGAUCGUGGAGAACUCAACAGCCGAUCAUGUUGCUAUACCUACAGAUGGUGCCAGUGAAUGGGAAAUUGAUAUAAAACUACUCGAUUUCGGGAAUAAAGUAGCAUCUGGAUCAUAUGGUGAUCUUUACCGGGGUACAUAUUGUAGUCAAGAUGUAGCUAUUAAAGUGCUCAAACCUGAGAGGGUAAAUGUGGACAUGCAGCGUGAAUUUGCCCAGGAAGUUUAUAUUAUGAGGAAGGUUCGUCACAAGAAUGUUGUGCAAUUUAUUGGUGCAUGCACUAAACCCCCAAGGCUAUGCAUAGUCACAGAAUUUAUGUCCGGUGGGAGUGUGUAUGAUUAUCUUCAUAAGCAUAAAGGUAUCUUCAAGCUCCCUGCCUUAGUUGGAGUUGCAAUGGAUGUGUCAAAAGGCAUGAGCUACUUACACCAAAAUAAUAUUAUUCAUCGGGAUCUGAAAACCGCCAAUCUUCUUAUGGAUGAAAAUGGGAUGGUUAAGGUUGCUGAUUUUGGUGUUGCACGUGUUAAAGUUCAGUCUGGAGUAAUGACUGCAGAAACUGGGACAUACCGUUGGAUGGCCCCAGAGGUUAUAGAACACAAGCCCUACGACCACAAGGCUGAUGUUUUUAGUUUUGGAAUUUUGUUGUGGGAACUGCUCACUGGGAAGAUUCCUUACGAGUACCUGACACCAUUACAAGCAGCUGUAGGUGUGGUUCAGAAGGGAUUGCGGCCCACAAUACCAAAAAAUGCUCAUGCAAAGCUUGCGGAGCUCCUUCAGAAGUGCUGGCAGCAGGACCCUGCUGAAAGGCCAGAUUUCUCGGAGAUAUUAGAAGCUCUUAAGAAAAUAGCAGAGGAGGUUGGAGAUGAGCAUGACGGGAAGCACAAGGACAAAUCCCUGGGGGGAUUCUUUUCGUCUCUGAGGGGGCGAGGACACUAA